GCCCACACCGCAUCCGUCGCCGCCCCACCCUCCCCCACUCCCCCUCCUCCCCUCCCCGCGGGCACCGGAUCCUCCACCCGCCGCUCCUCUCUCGCUAGCCGCUCGGUGGAGGGGAUCCUUAUCCAUCCGGGCUCAUUCCUUCCCCGCGCUGGUCAUCUCAGUGUCUGCUUGUUUCAUGAUUGGUCUCAUGGAAGACUAUUCAUCAUGGGAUUAUCUUCCAGUUGAUCACAUUAGAACUCCUGCAUUCAACUCUGGAGUUGUUUCUGAAGCAAGUAAUGGAAACAAGGAAUUCUCAGUUUCAUUGGACGCUGCCGUUCCUGAUGAUAUCCUGGAGAGGAUUUUCACAUUCUUGCCUAUAGCAAGCAUGAUAAGGGCAACAGCAGUAUGCAAGAGAUGGUACGGCAUUAUCUAUUCAAGCAGAUUUCUUUGGACCCACAUGUUGCCUCAACGGCCGUGGUACUUCAUGUUCACCUCUAAUGAAACUGCUGCUGGUUAUGCUUUUGACCCCAUCCUCCGUAAGUGGUAUGAUUUAGAGCUUCCUUAUAUUGACAAGAGCAGCUGUUUUGUCUCUUCUUCUUGUGGCCUAGUUUGCUUCAUGGACAAUGACAACAGGAACACCAUUUCUGUGUCUAAUCCUAUCACAAAAAACUCCAAGAGGCUUUUGGAGCCUCCUGGUGAAACAUUGCCAGACUACAGUACCAUUGCCAUGAAAGUAGAUCGGCUGUCUCAUAAGUACUCCAUUACAGUGGCAAAAUCCAAGCAGGUUCCUGAAGAUGCUGUCCGAUGGUACUUCUCAGUAUACAUGUAUGACUCUUGGAGUGGUACAUGGGUAACUUCUGCAAGUGAAGUGUUCAUUGGUUGGAGAGGAGGCGAUGACAGUGUCAUAUGCAACGGAGUCCUGUACUGCUUAAUUCACUCCACUGGUGUUCUUCGCAAUGUCAACCCCCGUCAUGGCGUUAUCAUGUAUGAUCUUGUUGGUGGAUCUUCUGAGACUUCUUUAAUGCAAACAUCAAUCCCAGUUCCUUGUUCUCUCACAUGUGGUCGUCUGGUAAACUUAAAGGAGAAGCUGGUUUUGGUGGGGGGAAUUGCAAAACACAACAGACCUGAUAUCAUUAAAGGAAUAGGAAUAUGGGAACUCCAUGAGAAACAGUGGCAUGAGGUAACUCGGAUGCCCCACAAAUUCUUCCAAGGAUUCGGUGAAUUUGAUGAUGUUUUUGCCUGUAGUGGCACAGAUAAUCUUGUCUACAUACAAAGCUAUGGCGCAACAGCUUUGCUUGUUUUUGACAUGAUGCAUAAGCAAUGGAAGUGGUCCGUGAAAUGCCCUGUGAGCAAAAGAUUUCCUCUCCAGCUUUUCACUGGCUUUUGCUUUGAGCCCCGGCUUGAUAUCACUACUUAAUAUGUACCAAUUCAUUUUUUGCCUUCUAGUGGAAUCUGAUCUGCUACGAUAUUAAUUGUUAUUCAUGAAAAUACAUGCAAGUUUUGUCGCAUUCUUCCAACCAUUUUGCUGUUACCCUUUUCUGAGUUCUCACCUGAUGGGCCCUCAUUGAGUUAUUGGUCCUGCUGGAUGCAAUUAUUUGUCUCAAGUGACAUCAGAUUAUAAAUCUGUAGAAUGCUAUAUGUGCUGACUUGCAUAUCCUUGAAGAUGUACCAUUGUUUGCAAAAACAGUAUAUAAAUAUGUGCACUAUCUUAUUAAGAUUUCCUAGUUCUGCCUUGAACUGUGUCGGCAACACCUGCAUAUCAUGUAUGCUUUAACUUGUUCUAUAUAAUUGAACAUGUUACACAGGUUACAGCAUAACCGAACAGAUAAAAUUUGCAUGGCUGUAUAUGUAACAUUUUUUUGAGCUCUUGCUAUCCAAUAUGUUUUGAACCCACAUCCUAUCCCAUAUAUGAUAGCUGAUAUGUCCUUUUUCGGUAUUAAUCCACAACUUUGACUGUUCACAUUUUGUUUCUUGUGUAACUAUUCAUCCACGGCUCCGCGCUAGCCCCUACAUCUUCUGAGGCUGCUGCUGCUGCUGCUGCUGCUGCAAACAGCUUGGGUCACUGGUCUCGCCAAGAGCUUGAAAGUCGUUUCUCUGGACACUGACCAGUGCCUUGCUCAUUUCUGUAGAAUCAUCAUGGGCCAAAUCCAGGUUUCCUCUUGUGGGGGCUGGCACAUCCUGUACUGUCUGUGAUGACGCCCCCCAUGACUGUGCAGUACGGUGCAAGUGAGCCAGAGGCGCCAUUGAUGAGGUUUCAACGCUUGCUGCAGCUGCUGCUACUGUGUGCUGUGUGCGAGUAGUGCUCACUGCUCAGCUGAGGCAUUGAUGGCUUAGCCGUAUCUGUGGUUCUCUAUGUCGUGUCUUUAUUUUUUUCCUUUUCCUUCUUUUUUUUUCUGAGAAGGAUAUUGUUCUCACUUCUCAGUAUGGUGCCGUGUAGUUGAUGUAGUGCGUAUGGUGGUGUUGGUUAUUCUGCAGAUUGUCUUACCUCGACCUGGGCCUUGUUUCCUUCACCGCUCUCAUCUGAAGCUUGUGAAUCUGAGAUGGCAUCCAUGCAGGGUUUCAUGUGUGUGUACUAAAUCUAGAGAAGAAGCUCUAACAAUUUUCUUUUUC